AUGGCGACGCAUCGCUUCAACCCCAACUUCACAGACAAUGUCAUCAACGCGAUGGGCCCAAAGACCACGCCGCGCAUGCGCCAGCUGAUGACAGGGCUAAUCAAGCACGUGCACGACUUUGCGCGCGAGAACGAGCUCACAGUGGACGAGUGGAUGGCCGGCGUGAAGAUGCUGAACUGGGCUGGGCAGAUGAGCGACGAUAAGCGGAAUGAGGGACAACUGGUUUGCGAUGUCAUUGGGUUGGAAAGUCUCGUCGACGAAAUCACAUUCACCCUCGCCGACGAGGCCAAAGACGCGCCCACCGCAACCGCCAUCCUAGGCCCGUUCUUCCGCGCCGAUACACCCUGGCGGGAGAACGGCGAGGAUAUCGUGAAGACGAAGCCGGCGGAUGGCGAGAUGGCGUACAUGCAUGGACAGGUUGUCGAUUUCACGAGCAAGAAGCCGCUCGUUGGCGCGACGGUGGAGGUGUGGCAGGCGUCGACGAAUGGGUUGUAUGAGCAGCAAGACCCCCAGCAGGAGGAGUUUAAUCUGCGUGGCAAGUUUCGCACGGAUGAGCAGGGGAGAUAUGGGUUUUAUUGUUUGAGGCCGACGCCGUAUCCGGUUCCUGAUGAUGGACCCGCGGGCAAGCUCCUCGAGCUAAUGGACCGUCAUCCCUUCCGACCAGCUCACAUUCACAUUAUUGCCACCAACCCCGGCUACCGCCCUCUCACAACGCAAAUCUUCGACCGCAAGGACAAGUACCUGGACAACGACUCCGUCUUCGCGGUCAAGGAUUCCCUGGUCGUGGACUUUGUGCCGCGCACGGGUGAUCCGCAGGCAGCCCUGGAGCUGGAGUAUGAUGUUAAGCUUGUGGCGAGUGACAGUGCAUAG